ACAUGAAAGUUAUAGGGCUGUUUGUUGUUGCUUUUAAUUCCAACCUGCCAUUUGCUGUAGCUUUAUUUUUCUUCUAGGAGAAACUUUCUGCUACAGUUUCUCUCAUUACUGGAAAACACACGCUUUUAUUCCUAAAACCAAUUCUGUAUAUCCUUUUCCCACCAAAACUGCCAAGUCUACAGUAAUAGAACUAAGCCUACAAAAACAUAAACAACACAAGAAAACUUGUAAAAGUCAAGCUAAUAGAAGACAUCUAUUAAAAGCACAAACCUACAAACAGCUAAACAUAGACAUGCUGUUCCUGUGUAUCAUUACUUUCCUCCAUGCAAAAGGCAGGGAACCAGCUAGCUUUGUUUAUUCAAACAACAGUGUGCAGGAAACUGCCCUAAGUCUGAGGCUUGUAAAUUAAAGCUGCAGACUAUGUACACAUGUUAAAGCACCCAGGGAAUUUUUCAACUCAUUUUACAAGCUGUUCGUGAAAUUUCAUUAUCCAGUGUAAACAGUCAUUGAACAUGAAGGAAAAGUGCAACCUUAGAAAAAUCAGUGAACAAAUCAAGGCUAAAAUUGUACACUGCAAAAACAAACUUCCGCUCUGAAAGCCAAAUCCUCCAAACUGGAGAGGCUGGCAAAGCUACUCCUUGCAGCUGUAAGCUACCACCCACCAUCCCGUCCCGCGCGCCCCCCCCCCAGUUAGGAACUAACUUUGCUAAACUUAAGGAGUGCCUACAAGGAAAGAAAUCCCUUUUAAGGAAGCAUUUCAUGAAAGUCAAGUACUGCUAUUCUACAUGCCCAUUCCAUUCCCUUGUAGAAACAGAACAAGAGUUUCAUGCAUGCAUGUUUCUUUUCCUUUCGCUGUUCUUAGCUUCUGCAGCAGUUGUUCGCCAAAAAUAAACACCAUUCCACAACCAUAUAUGUGCAACAGCCUUCUGGUGAUUCUGAGCCCCCUCCAGCACUGCCGUUAUUCUGCAAGGCCAGGAGACUGUCUUCUUUCUCACACUCUCUGACGGGCUAUGCAUAUAACCCAGCUGAAUCGGGAAUGCCUUUUACAUCUAUUUUCUUUUCUGGACAAAAAUAGUAGGAAAUGUCUAGCAAAAACAUGUCACAAGUUGCUGGAAGUGUUUCAGGAUCCUUUACUGUGGUCUUUGUUACACUUUCAUUCUCCAGCGGAACUAAAGAAGGAUAAUUUUCUCCUGGGACCUGCUUUAAAAUACUUAUCCAUCUGCUGGUAUUCAGAGAGAGUCAAGGUGUGUAACAUUGAGGACUGGAUGAAAAACAAUUUCCAGAAAGACUUCUGUAACAGGCAUGAAAACACUGUCAAUGAUUUUUUACUAGAAGUUUGCAACAGAUGUCCAAACCUGCUGUCUCUGACCCUCUCUGGAUGUGGCCAUGUUACAGACGAUUGCAUCUUGCUUCUGCUCAAGAACUGCCCAAACCUCAAGACACUCAAACUGGAAAACUGUGUGCGGAUCACUGACCAGACACUAGAAGCAGUGACCCUCUAUGGGGGAUCACUGCAAACGCUCCACGUGGAUUUCUGCCGGAACAUAACACAAACUGGUCUAGAGAGAGUCAGGGAAAAAUGUCCUUCGGUAAUGCUGAGAGCAGAGAGAAGUGCUAACAUGAUUCCAGACAAUAAGCCAGAAAAAAAGCUGAUGCUUGAAAAAGCAUCAAGACAAUGGGUUCAGCUUUAAGUGCAACAAAUUGUAUAAACUCAGUCAAUGUGGGUUAUUUUACUUCCACUCUCCUCUUGGGUAGCAUUGCUUCAAUGAACUGUGGCUACUUUCCUGUAUUCUGGUUUAAGUCCAAACACAUGGUUGAUAUGUUUUGUAAAGGCUGCACUGGGAAAAGGCAUACAUCUCCACCAGGACAGUCUUAAGAGAAGAAACCUGCUUGCUUUCUGUUGUUCCCUGAAAGUGGGAAACCCUACAUUGCUGUCACAAAAUGCUAGACCAGAUUAAGGCUGAAAACUGCAAUUUUGGUACCCUCUUGUCACAGAUGAGUGGAAUGCAACUCACUCAAAAGAGAGAAGUAGCAGUAUGUUUUAUUGAGGUAAAAUAAUAAUUUGACAGAUUUCAAUAAAUUUGAUGGAAUUUAACAAAGUUUAACAGUGGUUUGACAAGGUUCAGUAAGUUUGAGGGCAAGGUUCACCUUAUUAAUUACUGCAUGGAAGAAACAUAUGAAGGAAAAAUGAGUUAGAACUGAGUUAGAAUGAUUCACACAAAGACCAGAGACACAAAGAAUAAGGGAGACCCUCCC